AUGACUUCAAAUGUUGUCGAGACAGAUGAUGAUGAAUAUCAAAAUGGAUAUGAAGAUGAAGAGAAAACGAUUGAAGAAGAAGAAGAAGAAGAAGAAGAACUAUCAGUUACAGACGAUGAACAAAAUGAAUUGAGUCAUUUACAAGUAGAUGCAAAUAUGCCAUUAAAUGAGCUGUUUAAAUUGUAUAGUAAUAAUGUACCAACGAUUAGCAAUGAUGUCAUACAAGAUGAUGAAGAAUCAUACAGUUCAUCGAAUGUUGAAGAUGAGGACGACGAUGAAGAUGAAGAUAAUCGAAGGCAUCGUUCACUUCUUAUAAAUGGAGAAAUGUUACCGGAAGAUGAUGACGAUGAUACAGAUGAUAGUUUAUAUGAGCCUGAUAUUGCUAAACCUAUUCAUGUUGGUGAUGAAUAUCAAGCAGAAAUUAAAUCAAAAGCUGAAUAUGACUUACCAAAUGAGCGUGACGAUGAUAGAGAAGUACCGGUUGAUGAAUUACUUUGGUCAUCGUCUUCGGUGAAUGAUAGUGAAAAUGAAAAUAUUGAUGAAUAUCUUACUAUAAUUCACAGUGAAUAUCCGGCAUCGGACGACGAAAUAUCUCUUCAAAUUCUUUUGAAUUGCCAUUUAAAUACCGAAUUAGCACUUAUGAAGUUUCGUCAACUAGCCACUAAAACUAUAUAUUCGUAUACUGCUUGGUCAUUAACUGAAAUACAAAAGUUUGAAGAAGGUUUACGCGAAUAUGGAAAGAAUUUCUUUGAGAUUUCUACUUAUAAAUGUACAAAUCGAUCUGUUCGUGAAGUAGUUCAUUUUUACUAUCAAUGGAAAAAAAGUGAACGGUAUCAAUUUUUUGUUGAGGAGCAACAGCGUAUUAAUUCACUGAAUUCUGUGAGUGAUAUUAUUGAAAAAUUUAUCGAAGAACAAGAACACAACUUGUGUACUGCAGCCGGUGUAUUAAAUUCAGAAAACUCACCUUCUUUCGUUUCAAAUGAUUUUAAACUUCAUGCACCACUAUCGUCAAAUUCUUCAAUCUCCUUUGUAACUAUUCAUCAACAAGAAACUACCGCUACGACAACAAAACGAUCAUAUGAUCAUAUAGACAAUGGCGAUGAACCAUCAGCAAAAAAGACUUCAAUUCCUACAAAAACUUCAUCAGCUGAAACAACAGCGACUAUCAUAUAG